AUGGUGUUUUGUUAUAAAAUUAUAACUGAGACUCCGAGGCGGUCGGGCACCACAUCCCCGGUGAGACGAGCUGUGCCCACUAACAUCCCCAGCUCCCUGUCCCAACUCGUUGGUACCGUGGACUACGAAGCCAGCGAUGUGCUGGACAUCCCCGAGAGAGACUGGCGGCUGCUGGCUGCCCUCGCCAAGAAGAGGGACGAGAGCGACGAGCGGGAGCGGCUGGCGGAGGAGUUCCAGCGCAUGUGGCAGAAGGAGAAGGAGGACAGAGAGAUGUCCAGUGAUGUGCUGGACAUCCCCGAGAGAGACUGGCGGCUGCUGGCUGCCCUCGCCAAGAAUAAGGCGGAAGGAGGAGAGAGAGAUGGUUUGACCUCAAUACGUACCUUUGACUAUAAGUCCAGAGAUGUGCUGGACAUCCCCGAGAGAGACUGGCGGCUGCUGGCUGCCCUCGCCAAGAAGAGGGACAAGAGCUACGAGCGGGAGCGGCUGGCGGAGGAGUUCCAGCGCAUGUGGCAGAAGGAGAAGGAGGAGAGAGAGAUGUCCAGCGAUGUGCUGGACAUCCCCGAGAGAGACUGGCGGCUGCUGGCUGCCCUCGCCAAGAAGAGGGACGAGAGCGACGAGCGGGAGCGGCUGGCGGAGGAGUUCCAGCGCAUGUGGCAGAAGGAGAAGGAGGACAGAGAGAUGUCCAGAGAUGUGCUGGACAUCCCCGAGAGAGACUGGCGGCUGCUGGCUGCCCUCGCCAAGAAGAGGGAUGAGAGCGACGAGCGGGAGCGGCUGGCGGAGGAGUUCCAGCGCAUGUGGCAGAAGGAGAAGGAGGAGAGAAAGAUGUCCAGCGAUGUGCUGGACAUCCCCGAGAGAGACUGGCGGCUGCUGGCUGCCCUCGCCAAGAAGAGGGACGAGAGCGACGAGCGGGAGCGGCUGGCGGAGGAGUUCCAGCGCAUGUGGCAGAAGGAGAAGGAGGACAGAGAGAUGGUAGAAGCUGAAACCCUCGACCAGUACAAGAGGUACCUCGCCCAAAAGCGUCACCAGGAGCGGCUGAGGCUGGAACACAAGCAGCUGCGGCAGGCCACAGAGCAGCAACUCAAGCAGGGGGAGCUCCUGAACUGCAUCCGAUACAAGCAGAGGCGCAGCGACGACCUGCGAGCUCUGAUCAUAGAUCAAAAGGUGACAGACAUAGUAGACAAAGCACUAGAAGAAGAAGCGCGAGCGACCCUGGCUGCGGACCGGCGCCUGCGUCAGAGCGCGGCGGAGGAGUGCCGGAGACAGCUGGACCUGGCCGACGCGAGGAGGAGAGAAGACGACGCUUUGAGAAGAAGGAACGCGAUGCUGAGGGAUGCCUCACAGCUGGACAUGAUCGAAUUGAGGAGGAGUGAGGACGAUGCGUUGAGGAGGAGGAACGCGAUGCUGAGGGGUGCCUCACAGGUUAGAGAAUGUUUACAGACAUAA